AUCAAAUAAAUAGAAUCAGUUUUAUCUUCUUUCUUAUCCUUUCAAUUUCAACAAUGUCGCUUCUGCAACUCCCCGCUAAGCUCUCAACCCCAUUCCUCACCGGCAAUGGAAUCUCCCUCAACCGUUUCUCAAACCCCACUUCCUCCCUCCCUCUGACCCAACCCCGUUCCCUUCCGUUUCUGGAAAUCAAAGCCAUGAAAACACUGGAAGGAAAGGUCGUAUGUACCGCCAGCAACAAGACGGUGGCGGUGGAGGUUACCCGUUUGGCACCUCAUCCGAAAUACAAAAAGCGAAUCAGGAUGAAGAAGAAGUACCAGGCUCAUGAUCCUGAAAACGACUUCAAGGUUGGGGAUAUUGUUCAGCUUCUUAAAAUUAGACCGAUUAGUAAGAACAAGACCUUUCUCGCUGUUCCGGCUUCUGUUAGGAAAUCUUCUAACAAUGGUGGUUCCUCCGGUGAGCUUGGCAUUCCGCUUCAGUCUCAGGAAGAAGGAAAGGAACAGUCGAAGGAUUAGGCUUGCAAUCUCUUACUCUUGCUCUUUAAUUUUAUGGCGAUUUUUUUUCCGAUGUUGUUAGGGUAUGAAAUUUGCAUUGUAACUUUAAUAAUGAAAAUGUUUGUACUAAUAUGAAGAAAUUGGAAUUGAGAAAUGAAUGUUGUUGUUGUUUAUUGUGAAAAAAUAUUGAUUGAUUAUUGUGCUA